GUCGGAGUUUGUGAUCAUACAGGAUUUAGGUCUCCUUAAUCAACUAUCAUUAAAAGUCCAGAGAGUUGCUAAUAUGGGAAAAUUCCUCUUGCUCGUCAUUUUCAUGGCAUGCUGCGCCUUAGGUAGCAGUACUGUCGAGAUCAAGACAUCGGUUCUCCAGAAUCGCGGUGCAAUUUCGCCACGUCUUCAAAAUCCGUUCCUUUCAACGUCUGCGCUCCACUGCGAAGGUUGUGGCGUUGACGAUGCACCUGGAUCACCUGUCAACUGCGAGGCAGAAUUCUUCCCAACCUUUCCAUCACGGUCGCUCACUUUAAACCUAGAAGCUUGUAUUAACGCCGAAUUAUGUAUGCAAAUUCUUCGAACAGAAUUACCAAACUCGUCUGUGCUCCCUGGCUUUACGUACAGCUUUAAAUACACUAUUAUCCCCAACUUUCCCGACGGCUUUACGGGAUACAGAUUUUGCAUAUUAGACACAGACUCGGGCGUUUCCCAUAUGUGCGAGUCUUACACCUGCAAUCCUUCUGGACAAGCUUAGGAAAUGAGAUGCUAUUGGAAAUGACAAAUAAUUAUGAAAAUGUAUGUACAUUUAAACAAAUUUGAUUUCUUCAAAUUCAUUAUUAUUCAAUAAAUUAUUAUUAAUUCAAUAUUC